AGGAGAUUUCGAGACUUCGAAACGUAUCUUAUGUUUAUUUAGUAUACAAAUUUACUACUAAUCUCGUCAUCAAGCCACGCAUUAUAUAUCAGAAUUAUAAUUAUAACAAGGAACCUUAAGGCGGCCAUAUUAUAAAUAAUUAAUACGUUAAAGGUUUCACGGGAUCACGAUGAUGUCACACGUUGACGACACGGAGGAUGUGGCGUUGGACUUCGCCAGUGAAGAAGACGCAGCUAAAUUGAGGCGCAGAAUCAGGCAUCCACUGGCCACGUUAUUCCAUUUACUUUUUAGAGUGCUCUCCAUAGUAGCCUAUUUAUUCUGUGGAUGGUUCAGUAAUAGUUUUAUUGCCUCUUUUGUCAUCAUAAUUGUGUUACUAUCAAUGGAUUUCUGGACAGUGAAAAACAUUACAGGUAGAUUGAUGGUUGGCUUGAGAUGGUGGAAUCAUGUUGACGAAGAUGGUAAAAGUCAUUGGGUCUUUGAAUCUAGAAAGAGUAAGACAAGAGAAACUAUAACAGAAUCCAGGAUAUUUUGGUUUGGAUUGAUUGUAUGUCCGGUUAUCUGGGUAGCUUUCUUGUUUGCAUCAUUAUUCAGUCUCAGUUUCAAGUGGUUUAUGGUUGUAAUUAUUGCAUUAGGGUUGACAGGAUCUAAUUUAUAUGGCUAUAUCAGAUGUAAAGUGGGAGCAAAGAAGAAACUCACAACAGUGGCAACAAGUUUUCUAGGAGCCCAACUAUUAAGGACGGCCACAACUGCCAUGACACCAGCUGAACAGAAAUAGAGAUACACAGUGGAGGAUGUGAACUAUAAUAUUUAUUAAAUUUAUACUUAAAUAAUACAGACAGCCUCCGAAAGUAGUGAUCUGAGCUUGUUGACAUUCACUUAGACCGCAUGGCAAUUCAUCUAGUCACAGAUGUCAACAAUAUAAGGAUUGACAGCUGGUGCAAAAUGCUGUAGUUUACGAAUAACUGAGACUUUAUUAAAAUUAUUUACUCUCAUACAUCAAAAAACAAUAUUUUCAAAAUAUUUGUGCUUUUUUUUAGAAUCGUGGUACAUUGCAGGUUUUAUAUCAUUGUCUAUUCUUUAUUCCAUAUUUUCAUCCGUUUAAACAAUUUGUGUAUAUUUAAUAUAAUAUUAAUUAUAAGGUGAAGCUGAGAAAGUGAAAUGCUUGUUUCUAUCCAAUGGGAAUUAUACCUACCUAUCAUUCCUAUAUGUACUGAUAAUACUUGUGUGCUUUAUGCAAUCUUUACAGUAGCUACCAUAUUUGUCAUUAGAAGCAAAUCAACUUAAGUUUUGGGUAUGUCUAUACUAAAAUUAAUUUUAAUGCAAUUUCUUUUGGUAUUUAAAUGCCUUUUUAUAAAUAGUUGAAAUUGUUGAUGUAAAUGAUUCAGGCAAUAGGCCAACAAUAAUAGUUUUACAUGCAUGUAAUUGUGCUUGUGAUGGAGUCAAAAUAAAACACUUUUUCAGCUUGGAGAACGGUGCGAUUCUAAGAGCAAAUACAGUAUUUUUAUUUUCAACUGUCGAAUAAAGUCAAAGAAGCUGCACA